AUUGCAGUACAUUGAGCUCCAUAGAGACAGCGCCGGGGCAAGCGAGAGCCGGACGGGCACUGGGCGACUCUGUGCCUCGCGGAGGAAAAUCAACUAAACAUGGGCAAAGGAGAUCCUAAGAAGCCGAGAGGCAAAAUGUCCUCAUAUGCAUUCUUUGUGCAAACCUGCCGGGAGGAGCACAAGAAGAAGCACCCGGAUGCUUCUGUCAACUUCUCAGAGUUCUCCAAGAAGUGCUCAGAGAGGUGGAAGACUAUGUCUGCUAAAGAAAAGGGGAAAUUUGAAGAUAUGGCAAAGGCUGACAAGGCUCGUUAUGAAAGAGAAAUGAAAACCUACAUCCCCCCCAAAGGGGAGACCAAAAAGAAGUUCAAGGACCCCAAUGCCCCCAAGAGGCCUCCUUCGGCCUUCUUCUUGUUCUGUUCUGAGUACCGCCCAAAAAUCAAAGGCGAGCAUCCUGGCUUAUCCAUUGGUGAUGUUGCGAAGAAACUAGGAGAGAUGUGGAACAACACUGCUGCGGAUGACAAGCAGCCCUAUGAAAAGAAGGCCGCCAAGCUGAAGGAGAAGUAUGAGAAGGAUAUUGCUGCCUACAGAGCUAAAGGAAAACCUGAUGCAGCGAAAAAGGGGGUGGUCAAGGCUGAGAAGAGCAAGAAAAAGAAGGAAGAGGAAGAUGAUGAGGAGGAUGAAGAGGAAGAGGAAGAGGAGGAAGAAGAGGAAGACGAAGAUGAAGAAGAAGAUGAUGAUGAUGAAUAAGUUGGUUCUAGCGCAGUUUUUUUUCUUGUCUAUAAAGCAUUUAACCCCCCUGUACACAACUCACUCCUUUUAAAGAAAAAAAUUGAAAUGUAAGGCUGUGUAAGAUUUGUUUUUAAACUGUACAGUGUCUUUUUUUGUAUAGUUAACACACUACCGAAUGUGUCUUUAGCUAGCCCUGUCCUGGUGGUAUUUUCAAUAGCCA